AUGCCCCCAGUGCUUUCCAUACUUUCCCCUUCUGCUCCGCAUCAGUUCCCCCUCUCCUUCCCCUCUCCUCGCUGCUCCGUUCCUCUCCUCGCUGCUCCGUUCCUCUCCUCGCUGCUCCGUUCCUCUCCUCGCUGCUCCGUUCCUCUCCUCGCUGCUCCGUUCCUCUCCUCGCUGCUCCGUUCCUCUCCUCGCUGCUCCGUUCCUCUCCUCGCUGCUCCGUUCCUCUCCUCGCUGCUCCGUUCCUCUCCUCGCUGCUCCGUUCCUUUCCUCGCUGCUCCGUUCCUUUCCUCGCUGCUCCGUUCCUUUCCUCGCUGCCCCGUUCCUCUCCUCGCUGCUCCGUUCCUUUCCUCGCUGCUCCGUUCCUCUCCUCGCUGCUCCGUUCCUUUCCUCGCUGCUCCGUUCCUCUCCUCGCUGCUCCGUUCCUCUCCUCGCUGCUCCGUUCCUUUCCUCGCUGCUCCGUUCCUCUCCUCGCUGCUCCGUUCCUCUCCUCGCUGCUCCGUUCCUCUCCUCGCUGCUCCGUUCCUUUCCUCGCUGCUCCGUUCCUCUCCUCGCUGCUCCGUUCCUCUCCUCGCUGCUCCGUUCCUCUCCUCGCUGCUCCAACGAUGCCACCGCGCUUUCUCGCUCCCUCAAUCAAUCCCGUCCCUCUCUCACUUCCGUCCUUCUCUCACACCCGUCCCUCUCUCACACCCGUCCCUCUCUCACACCCAUCCCUCUCUCACACCCGUCCCUCUCUCACACCCUUCUCCCUCCCUCCCUUUCCCCUUCUCCUUCCCUCCGUUUUUCCCCUUGUUCUGGCCCUCUGUGGGCGGCAGCAGCAGCCUUCAAGGAAGUGGUGGCAUACCACACACCUCCGACACAGAAGCAGCAGUGGGCGCCAACAGGGGGGAUUGCCAUAGUCAAUGCUGUAGUUGUCACCCUUCUCACUCACACACCCUGCUCACUCACACUCCCUGCUCACUCACCCACCCUGCAGUGCUGGUGAGUGCAGUGCUGGUGAGUGCUGUGCUGGUGAGUGCAGUGCUGGUGAGUGCAGUGCUGGUGAGUGCUGUGCUGGUGAGUGCAGUGCUGGUGAGUGCAGUGCUGGUGAGUGCAGUGCUGGUGAGUGCUGUGCUGGUGAGUGCUGUGCUGGUGAGUGCAGUGCUGGUGAGUGCAGUGCUGGUGAGUGCAGUGCUGGUGAGUGCAGUGCUGGUGAGUGCUGUGCUGGUGAGUGCAGUGCUGGUGAGUGCAGUGCUGGUGAGUGCUGUGCUGGUGAGUGCAGUGCUGGUGAGUGCAGUGCUGGUGAGUGCUGUGCUGGUGAGUGCAGUGCUGGUGAGUGCAGUGCUGGUGAGUGCUGUGCUGGUGAGUGCAGUGCUGGUGAGUGCAGUGCUGGUGAGUGCAGUGCUGGUGAGUGCAGUGCUGGUGAGUGCAGUGCUGGUGAGUGCAGUGCUGGUGAGUGCUGUGCUGGUGAGUGCUGUGCUGGUGAGUGCAGUGCUGGUGAGUGCAGUGCUGGUGAGUGCAGUGCUGGUGAGUGCUGUGCUGGUGAGUGCAGUGCUGGUGAGUGCAGUGCUGGUGAGUGCAGUGCUGGUGAGUGCUGUGCUGGUGAGUGCUGUGCUGGUGAGUGCAGUGCUGGUGAGUGCUGUGCUGGUGAGUGCAGUGCUGGUGAGUGCAGUGCUGGUGAGUGCUGUGCUGGUGAGUGCAGUGCUGGUGAGUGCAGUGCUGGUGAGUGCUGUGCUGGUGAGUGCAGUGCUGGUGAGUGCAGUGCUGGUGAGUGCAGUGCUGGUGAGUGCAGUGCUGGUGAGUGCAGUGCUGGUGAGUGCAGUGCUGGUGAGUGCUGUGCUGGUGAGUGCUGUGCUGGUGAGUGCAGUGCUGGUGAGUGCAGUGCUGGUGAGUGCAGUGCUGGUGAGUGCUGUGCUGGUGAGUGCAGUGCUGGUGAGUGCAGUGCUGGUGAGUGCAGUGCUGGUGAGUGCUGUGCUGGUGAGUGCUGUGCUGGUGAGUGCAGUGCUGGUGAGUGCUGUGCUGGUGAGUGCAGUGCUGGUGAGUGCUGUGCUGGUGAGUGCUGUCGUGUUCUUCUCCCCCGCCGUUCCUCCCUUCAUCAGUUCCUCCCUCUUUUCCACCCUUCCUCUUUUCAUCCCUUCUUCUGUUCCUCUUCAACUGUAUGCAUAA